AUGCAAGCAAGGCAUUCAGCGCCGAGCGUGAGCCCUACCAAUGCACGUAUUGUGGCAAGGUGGGACACACGGUGGAUCGUUGCUGGACAAAGCAGAAGAACGAAGGUCGGGGAGCCCGACGCGGCGGCAAUGGUCGUGGACGCGGGGCUAACAAUGUCCAGUGGGGACAUCAUGAUGAAGGCAAUGGCUACGAUCGAGUGGCGUUUGCAGUCUCGUUCGAAUGUGGAGUUUCGACGAGCAAGGACGUGUCUGGAAUGUGGGCCGUCGACAGUGGUGCAACGCACCACAUUUGCCACGACAAGACCAAGUUCGCAAGUUUGGCAGAGCGCAAUGAGGGCGAACUUUGGUGGCUGA